AUGUCUACUUUGACUUCCCAAGAUUCAGAUCAUUUUGAUCUUGACUAUUUCCAUAACAAGUAUAAUGAUCAUUAUAGUAUAAUGAUUAGAAAAGUGCAACCUAUACAAUUUAAAGUGAUUAAUCUUAACAUCCUACCCAGACAAGUAACACCUCUUCCUUCUUCUCAAAAAUCCAUAUAUAUAGAUAUUAAUAUUACACUUAAACAAGUCAAACAACUUAAAAAAAUUAUUCCUCAAUCACUAAUUAUAAAAACAACUACUAUUUCUUUAUUACCAUUCUCUUUAAACUAUUCUACAACUUAA